AUAUUUAUAAAUAAACACAUAUCGAUUACCAUGCCAUCUUUAUUUAAAAAUUAUUUCUAUCGACCUUUGCCUAUGGUUUAAAAUAAUGCUUAAUUUCUUUUCAUUUUCAGGUUUGCUAUGGAUGGACAAAAAUACCAUAUCAUAGAUAAUGGAAAAGAUGGAGAUUUGUGAAUCUGAAAUGGAUAUCAAAACCAAACAAAACAUUUUUCAAAACUGGAAUUGAGACUGAUGACAGCUCUGAAUCUGCAAUGGAUAAUACAACAGCCAAUAGUAGUAUUGAUGUCAUAUCUGAAUCUACAAUGGAAAAUACAACAUCCAAUAGUAGUGUUUGAUGUCAUAUCUGAAUCUGCAAUGGAAAAUAGAACAGCCAAUAGUAGUGUUUGAUGUCAUAUCUGAAUCUGCAAUGGAAAAUACAACAGCCAAUAGCAGUGUUUGAUGUCAUAUAUGAAUCUGCAAUUGAUAAUACAACAGCCCAUAGUAGUGUUUGAUGUCAUAUCUGAAUCUGCAAUGGAAAAUACAACAGCCAAUAGUUGUGUUUGAUGUCAUAUAUGAAUCUGCAAUUGAUAAUACAACAGCCCAUAGUAGUGUUUGAUGUCAAAUCUGAAUCUGCAAUGGAUAAUGCAACAGCCAAUACUAGUGUUGAUGUGAUAUCUGAAUCACCAUCUGAGCACAAUAAUUUUGAUAUGCCAGUCUUUGUUAAAACAGAACCAGGUGUUGAUGUCAGUUCUGAACACACCUUGGACUUAAACAAUGAUCUUGACAUAUUUAGUAAAACAGAAUCAUAUGUCAACUCUGAACUUACAAUGAAGGAUAUGUACAAUGGUUUUGACAAAGUCGUCAAAACUGAACCUGGUAGCUAUGAUGACAAUGAGUAUGCUAAAGAAGACAGCACUGUAUCAGAAAUGUUUGUUAAAAUUGAACUUGGUAUUCAUGAGAACACUGAGUAUGGUGAAGAGGACAGUUCUGUUGCAGAAGCGUUUGUUAAAAUUGAACAAGAGAGCGACGAUGAAAUAGAAACAGAUGAGGGUGAGGAUGUCAUUGAUAAUGACAGGGACGAUGACAGUGAUUAUGCCCCAGAUAAUGAUGUCAGAGUUGAUUUGGAAACAUCUCUUGAAAUAAAGUCUAACAGAAAAGCUGGUAUAAAAUACACUGGUAAAAAACCACACACAUGUAAUGUUUGUGGUAAGUCAUUUUCACAAGCAUUCACUUUGAGAUAUCACAAAAGAAAGCACACUGGUAAAAACCUACACAUGUGUACAGUCUGUGGUAAAACGUUUACUGUUGCUUAUCACUUGAAAAAACAUGAAAUGACACACACAGGUGAAAAGCCAUUCAAAUGUAGUUUAUGUGACAAAAGAUAUAGACAGUCUGCUCACUUGAAACGUCACAAACAAAAAGAGCAUGAGCAAAAUGUACAAACCGAUGAAAAAUUAUUUGGAUGUUCGACAUGUGGCAAAACUUUUUCCCGUUCUUCUGAUUUGAAAAGACAUGAACGAAUUCACACUGGUGAGAAACCAUUCGCAUGUAAAAUGUGUGACAAACGAUUUACACAAGUGAAUAGCUUGACUAGACAUGUACGCUGGCAUACUGGAGAGAAGCCAUUUCCAUGUAAUUUUUGUGACCAAAAAUUUAACGAACGUCGCUUCUUAAAAGAACAUGAGCAAAUACACACUGGUGUAAAGAUUGAUAAAAAACAAUUUACCUGUAAUGUAUGUGAGAAAACAUUUUUAAAAAAUUGUAUUUUUAAAAGACAUUUGAUGCUCCACACAGGGGAAAGGCCUUACAAAUGUUCUUUUUGUGCCAGAGGAUUUAGACAAAAUGCUCAUUUGAAACAACAUGAAAAAAUUCAUACUGGUGAAAUACCAAACAUAUGUUCGAUUUGUUGCAAAAAGUUUCGUUCAUCUGAAACCUUAAAACUCCAUAUAUGCGGAGAAUCAGUAAAACAGAAACGUUACAAAUGUUCAUUUUGUGACAAGCCAUUCAAACAUCUCUCGGAAAUGAAAAACCAUGAAUUGACACAUACUGGUGAAAAACCAUUUGAAUGUUCAAUUUGUAACAGAAAAAUCAGUACGUCUUCUUACCUCAAAAAGCAUGAAAGGACAUGUAUGAAAGAAGACCACAUAUGUUCAGUAUGCAACAAAUCCUUUAAGUGUGAACGGUCUUUUAAAAGACACAAAUUGUUACACACUGGUGUAAAUCCUUACACAUGUACCCUUUGCAGUGAAGUUUGUAAAAGUUUUAGGGCCUUAGAAGUCCAUAACAUGCAGCAUACUGGUAAAACUCUAUGUAUAUGCUCUACUUGUGGAAAGGGUUUUUUAUCCCCCUCAGACUUAACCCGACAUGAAAUGAUACAUACUGGCGAGAAACCACAUUCAUGUUCUAUUUGUGGCAAAAAGUUUUCUAGGGCUUAUGCUUUGAAAAUACAUCAAAAUACUCACACUGGAGAAAAACCAUAUCCAUGUUCUAUUUGUGGCAAAAGAUAA